UCCAAACUAGUAUGGCCUUCUGAACUGUACCAGGCAGGACAGCAAGUACCUGCUCCUGCUGGGUAUUCCCUCAAUGUGCUCAUACUAAACCAAAGGUUGACCCUGUGUACUAGUUAUUGGUGUUCUCGUUUUUCAGUUGGACCAGCAACUGGGAGGCUACAAGCACCCCACUUGUAAGUAGUAGGGCUGAAUUAGAGGCCCUUAGUGUCUGUAUUUAGGUUAAGAUGCUUUCCCCAUAUCUCUGCUGCCUCUCACUGGGACGGCAACUUAUUUGGGAUAUUUGGGUCUUGUUUCUUUAGUUUACUCAACUGACAUUUCCUUAUUUAAUCCUUGCAUUGACACAGAGCUCUCUUUGUUAAUCACCAAUAGAACUAUCCCAACAGCCAAGUGGAUUGUGGAAAAAUAGAAGUCCUGAAUCAAGUUUUCUAUCCUUAAGGCAUUUCAGGCUUAGAUGGAAAGGUGAUACUAAUAAAGCUAUGAAGAGGCAUCUCGAUACUUUGUUCACUCUUUUAUAGGUCAGGAUGGCUAACUGGUUGGCUUCCCACAUGGUGCCCUACGUCUACAUCACACCUUAAAGAAGCUGAAGAGAAAAUGUUAAAAUGUGUCCCCUGCAUAUAUAAAAAAGAAGCUGUUCGUAUAUCUAAUGGAAAUAAAAUAUGGACACUGAAGUUCUCUCACAAUGUUUCAAAUAAGACUCCACUUGUCCUCCUCCAUGGUUUUGGAGGAGGUCUUGGACUCUGGGCACUGAAUUUUGGAGAUCUUUGCACCAAUAGACCUGUCUAUGCUUUUGACCUGUUGGGCUUUGGACGAAGUAGUAGACCCAUGUUUGACAGUGAUGCCGAAGAAGUGGAGAAUCAGUUUGUGGAAUCCAUUGAAGAGUGGAGAUGUGCCCUAGGACUGGACAAAGUGAUCUUGCUUGGACACAACCUGGGUGGAUUCUUGGCUGCUGCUUACUCACUGAAGUACCCGUCAAGGGUUAGUCAUCUCAUUUUAGUGGAACCUUGGGGUUUCCCUGAGCGACCAGACCUUGCUGAUCAAGACAGACCAAUUCCAGUUUGGAUCAGAGCCUUGGGAGCAGCACUGACUCCCUUUAACCCCUUAGCUGGCCUCAGGAUUGCAGGGCCUUUUGGUUUAAGUCUAGUACAGCGUUUAAGGCCUGAUUUCAAGCGGAAGUAUUCUUCAAUGUUUGAAGAUGACACUGUGACAGAAUACAUCUACCACUGUAAUGUGCAGACUCCGAGUGGUGAGACGGCGUUCAAAAAUAUGACUAUUCCUUAUGGUUGGGCAAAAAGGCCAAUGCUCCAGCGAAUCGGCAAAAUGGACCCUGACCUCCCAGUCUCGGUGAUCUACGGCGCCCGGUCCUGCAUAGAUGGCAGCUCUGGCACCAGCAUCCAGUCAGUGCGGCCACAUUCCUACGUGAGGACGAUAGCCAUCCUAGGGGCAGGGCAUUACGUGUAUGCAGAUCAACCCGAAGACUUCAACCACAAGGUAAAGGAGAUCUGCGACACUGUGGACUGAGCACCUGACGGUGGGCACCCUGGCUGACCGCUGCAGAGCCUCGGCACGGAGUCAGCCCGCGGCGAAGAGUAGGGAAUCCACCCAGAGAGCCGCCGUCUUCCCGACUGCACUUUGCACCUGUUUCUCCAUGAAGCUGCUUGCACACUUCCACCGUUAGUGCCUUCUAGAAGUAUGCCUCUCCUUUCUCCUGCAAGUCAGAGUAUACAAGAGUCUCUGAAUCUGAUAGCUCUAAUAAAAGGUGUUUGUUUGUCCCUCUGCUGUACUAAAAAAUGGUAAUUUUUUCAACUGAAAUUUUUUUCAUUUCUAUCUAACUUUGCCAUGUCAGGUACUUUUUAUAUUUCAGUCU